UCCGAAUGACUGUUGCUCUAGCACGUUGACAACACAUGAUCGAUCGUAGCACGAGUAUUUCUUCUUCGUAUUUGUGUCAAUGUAUGUGCAUAUCGAGAGGAAAGAAAAUCAGGAGGCGCUCUUCGAGAACGUGUUUUCCUCGCGUUUCAAAAUACAGACACGAGGGAGAGAUCUCGGUGAUCCUUCGCGCGGUUCGUUUCCGCUUUGAACGUGCAACAUAAUCUGCGAUUUUAUUCUUCGUGAAAUAUACGAGAGGAUCAAGAGGAAGAGAAGAACGGACGACGCGAGGGACAACAUUGUUACGCGUUAAUUAAGAUAAAACAAUAUGAAUCUGUCGUUCGCCGGAUGUGGUUUCCUCGGCAUCUAUCAUAUCGGCGUGGCAAUCGGUUUGAAAAAAUAUGCGCCGCAUUUACCGUUGAAUAAAAUAAGCGGCGCGUCUGCAGGUGCUAUAGCCGCGUGUUGCUUACUUUGCAAUAUGCCUCUCGAAGAAACUGUAAAUGCAGUAUUAUUCAUAGCACAGGCAGCGCGACAAUACAUACUUGGAUCGUUCAGUCCAUAUUUCCAUGUGCAACACGUACUGUUGGGAAGGUUACAGAAAAUUUUACCGGAUGACGCUCACAUCCGCGUGAAUGGCAAACUGCAUAUCUCUUUGACUAGAGUAUAUGAUAGGAAGAAUGUGAUCAUCUCGCAAUUCGAUUCAAAAGAAGACUUGCUACAAGCUCUAUUAGCCACUUCGUUUGUGCCAUUGUAUUCCGGUUUACUGCCACCUCGAUUGCACGGCAUUAGAUACAUGGACGGUGGUUUCAGCGACAAUCUUCCUAUAUUCGAUGAAGAUACUAUUACUGUGUGUCCAUUUUGCGGAGAGAGUGACAUUUGCCCUAGAGACACUUCACAUCAGCUAUUUUAUCUCAAUGUCUCUAACACGAGCGUAGAACUUUCUAAGCAAAAUUUGUAUAGAUUUGUACGGGUAUUCUAUCCACCCGAAAUAGAGAUUCUCUCGAAUAUAUGUAAGCAAGGAUGUAACGAUGCACUAAAAUUUUUACAUCAUAGAAAUUUAUUAAAAUAAACUGAUAUUCAUAUGUAAUGUAGAUAAACUGAUAUUCAUAUGUAACGUAGAUAUAAAGGUAUUCAAUUACGUUGUGAUAAUAAAGUACGAAAUAAUAAUUAUAAAGUACUUGAAAUAAUAAGAAUA